AUGGAUGACAAGGGUGACUUCGUGCUGCCAGUCGGAUGUUGGCGGGAACUUCUUCAAGAGCUGGAUCUGCCGGAAGAUGGCGACGCCGCCUUCUUCCUCAUGGACUUUGUGGAGCCCUACAGUAAGGGCCUCUUCACUUACACGCCGCUCAUGGAGGCUUUGCGGGGUCCUGGCCUGGAGCCCGAGAGGCAGCCAGCCCAAGUCAGCCGGGGCAAUGGCACAGCAGGAGGAGGUCCUAUGCCCCCAGACAGAGACGGCGACGAUGACCCGCAGACUGCCUCCGGAUAUCCGGACACGGCGGAGAUGGGCCGAGGAAGCACGCACUUCCCAUUUCCGACAUCGCCUUCGGGCCUCAGCCCAACUGAAGACAGGGCUGCCGACUUGCGCAAUGUGUCUGCCGGGAGGCCUCCUUCCAUGCAGCCUUCACCCAGAGCAGCGACUCCCACCAAGGAGGCGUUUCCAAUGGCCCAAGGCGGCUAUGGCGGCUAUGCGCAGGUGGAGGUGGUGGACGAGGCCUUCUGGCAAAGGUGCGGUCCUUCAAUCCAGCGCCUGUUCUUCCAGUGGGACUGCAACCAGUUGACCAAUCCGGCCUUCCAGGGGCACAUGCAGCGGCUUCUGGGCACAGGCGUGGACGUCAGUCAUCCCGAGAGUGAGUUCCUUCGACUGAUCAACAAGCAUCUGUCGGCGCGCACCAUGAAGUUUGCUUCGUUGAUGUCAGCUCUGCGCCGUGAUGCGCACAACACGGUCGCCAGGCAGACUGGCGGCUCUUGCCUCUACGCGGCCAGCUCUUAUGCAGGGUCCGCUUACGAGCCAAGCGAAGCUGGGACAGAGGCUUCCGCUGCUGGCCGCCCUUCGCUAGGGGUGGAGAAGACUUCGCGGGGCGGGCGCAGGCACUUCAACGUGCCAACCGAGAACGCAGUCCUGCCAAAGGGCCCUCCGCGAGCGAAUCUGGGACGCCUGCCCGAAGACUCAACUUUGCAAGAGGAGGGCCGUGGCAGUCCGGGUGCUGGUUCUGCUACUUCGCCGGUGCAGGAGGUGGACAUCUUUGGUCGGAAGAUUGCGCAUCCUUUGCAACGGGCGCACCCGCGGCCAGAUGCAGAUGCUGUAAGUGUCACCUCUGCAGCACAGAGCAUCUCAAGUGAGGCGGACCAGCAGAGAGAGGUCUUCUCAUAUCGCAACCGAAACGGGCACGGGAAUAUCCUCGCUUGGGACGUGGAAAGCCGGACGGUGACUCCUCCGCACCAACGACAGGGCAGACACAUGGCGACCGACCCGGAGAAGGGCAUACCAAGGCUGCACGUCUCUUCGGGAAUCUUUUCGUGA